UCAAAUAGGCCGAUAAGAACUUUAUAUUUAUCUCUCGAUGUAAAAAUGUAAAAUCUAAUAAUGAGUAGACUGUGUUUUGCAGAAAAAUAUUCGUAAGAAAAUGUUUCAGUUUUGAGCUGAGGCGCGUUUAAUCAAAUACAAAAUGGCGAUGCAAACUCUUUCAGCUGGCGCCAACUAUUCGAAAGGAAUUCUGGUUUUAAUCAGAGAAAUGACAGAUACUUCUGACUUUACAAUCAAAGUUGCCGGAAAAUCAUUCCCAGUCCAUCGCAACGUAAUAACAGCUGCAUCAAGCUAUUUUAGAGCGAUGUUUUCAAGCAACAUGAAGGAAGCCCAGCAAGGUUUCGCUGACAUGGAAACUAUGAAGCCCGCUGUAAUGGAGAAAUGUAUCGACUUCAUGUAUACCGGCGAAGUCGAAGUUCAAAUUGACGAGAUUCAAGAUAUUCUGCAUGCAUCGAGCCUACUACAGUUGGAUUCAUUAACUGAACUUUCCUUCGAAUAUCUACAAAAAAAUCUCUCGGCAGACAAUUGCCUCGUGGCGGUAUACUUAGCCAAACUUUAUGAUCGAGUUAAUUUACUGAGCAUAGUCGAAAAAAUAGUUUAUGAUAAAUUUGAUGAAGUGGUUUCUACGGACGAUUUUACAGCCAUUUCAUGUGACGACAUCGCUCGUUAUCUUUCUAAAGCAGAUGCGAACUAUGAUAUAAAAUGGAAGGCAAUAGUUACAUGGCUUUCAAUUCGACAAGAAGAAGUGGAACGUACUCUGCCAACGCUAUUGAAUUCGAUCAAAAACAUCCCGGCCAAUUUUUUUAUCGAAACGAUUCUUAAUGCACCAAUGGUGUUCAACAACAAACAGUUAGUUCAAUAUAUAGUUGGACUUUUAUUUUCAAGUACUGAAGAAAUCAUAAAAAAUAUCAGUCUCGAAAAUUUCAUGAAUUUAAGAAAAACCUUGAAAACACAAAAGAUAAAUAUAGAAGGACAAGUUGCAAAAGUGAUGAAUGACUUUAUGGCGGGAAGGUUUGAACAGCUUGUCGAGAGAGAUGAUUUCGUCGAGUUAAAUAAAGAAGAAAUCCUUUUAUUGUUUCAAUCCCCGAGAAUUAAAUGUUCGUCCGAGAGAAUCAAGUGGGAUGCAGCUUUGAAAUGGUCUAAGAAUCAACCAAACAGUAAAAAAUUAUUUCCAAAAUUAUUUAAAUUAAUAAAACUUGAUGAUCUUUCACUGGAUUUCAUCGGGAAAAUUGUUCGAACUGAACCACUCGUCAGAAAUUCUCAUGAAUGUACCGUUAUGUUGAUGGAUGCAUUCUCUGCGCACGGGAGCGUUUCAAAGCAGCCCAGCGCUGCAGCAUCACCCAGAAGAAAUCUAGAUCAGCACAUUGUCUUUUUAGACAAGCAAAAUGGUCACAUUAAUACUUGGAUUAUUUCAAAGAAAACUUGGCAUCGACUACCCAAAGUAAAAGAAGGCGACGACAUGCAGAUUGUUGAUGUCAAAAACGAUCUGUAUGUAUUAAGCGGAUCUGAUCUAUUUCACUGGGGAGGGAAUGAUACUUCCUGGUCAUUGAAGACCAACAAAGAAUGCAAAUCUGGAUAUCGUAAACUAGUCGCUUUUCAAGGCAACAUAUAUCUAGUACAAAGAAAAUUCAUGCAGUGCUAUGAUCCUAUCCCAAAUAAUUUCAAAGACAAUUUACCAGGAUGUACAUUGAAUUAUGGGUUUUGUGCAGUGGCAACAAGUGCUUGCAUUUAUGCCAUGGGUGGACUCUAUUCAGAUCAAAGAGUAGAAAGAUUUAAUCCAGAUACAAAAACUUGGUCAAGACUUUCUCAAAUGCUAAAUCCAAGGCGCCACGCUGCAGCUGUUGAAUUCAAUGGAAAAAUGUAUGUGAUUGGGGGCUUUGAUGGACAUCGUGUAUCCAACUCUGUUGAAAGUUAUAACUUCGAAACCAACACAUGGACGAGAGUAGCAAGGAUGUGCGUUCCCCGAUUGGAUCUCUUCGCCUUUGUGGAUGAUAAAAGCAUAUUUGCAGUAGGUGGAGAAAAUGUUGAUGGCGUUAUAAACUCCGCUGAGGUCUACGACCAGAAUUCAAACCAUUGGUCAACAUUACAAAUAGAUGGGCUUCCAACGAAAGGUUCGCUUACAGGCUGUGUUCACUAUAUAGAAAUGACAGAUACUUCUGACUUUACAAUCAAAGUUGCCGGAAAAUCAUUCCCAGUCCAUCGCAACGUAAUAACAGCUGCAUCAAGCUAUUUCAAAGCGAUGUUUUCAAGCAACAUGAAGGAAGCCCAGCAAGGUUUAGCUAACAUGAAAACUAUAAAGCCCUCUAUAAUGGAGAAAUGUAUUGACUUCAUGUAUAUCGGAGAAGUCAAAGUUCAAAUUGAUGAGAUUCAAGAUAUUCUGCAUGCAUCUAGCUUACUGCAGUUGGAUGCAUUGACUGAACUCUCUUUUGGAUAUCUACAAAAGAAUCUCUCGACAGACAAUUGCCUCGUUGCGGUAUACAUAGCCAAACUUUAUGAUCAAGUUAUUUUAUUAAAAUUAGCCGAAGAAAUAGUUUAUGAUAAAUUUGAUGAAGUGGUUUCUACAGACACUUUUGCAGACAUUUCAUGUGACGACAUCGCUCGCUAUCUUUCUAAAGCAAAGGUAAGCCAUGAAAUAAAAUGGAACGCAAUUGUUAAAUGGCUUUCUAUUCGACAUGAAGAAGUGGAACGUGCUCUGCCAAAGCUAAUGGAUUCGAUCAAAAAUAUCCCGGCCAAUUAUUUGCUUGAAACGGUUUGUAAUGAACCAAUGGUGUUCAGAAACAACCAAUUAGUCCAAUGCGUCAUUGGCCGUUUAUUUUCAAGUAUUCAAGAUAUUAAGAAAAAUACCAGUCUAGAAAACUUCAUAAAUUUGAGAAAAACGUUGAAAUCACAAAAGAUAAAAAUAAAAGGACAAGUUGCAAUAGUGAUGAAUGACUUUAUGGCCGUAAGUUUUGAGCAACUUGCCGAGAGAGUUGAUUUCAUCGAGUUAAAUAGAGAAGAAAUCUUUCUAUUGUUUCAAUCCCCGAAGAUUGAAUGUUCGUCCGAGAGAAUCAAGUGGCAUGCAGCUUUGAAAUGGUCCAAGAAUCAACCAAACAGUAAAAAAGUUUUUCCAAAAUUAUUCAAAUCAAUAAAACUUGAUGAUCUUCCACUGGAUUUCAUCGGGAAAGUUGUUCGAACUGAACCGCUCGUCAGGAAUUCUCAUGAAUGUACCGUUAUGUUGAUGGAUGCAUUCUCUGCGCACGGGAGUGUUUCAAAGCAUCCCAGCUCUGCAGCAUCACCCAAGAAAGAUCUAGAUCAGCACAUUGUCUUUUUAGACAAGAAAAAUGGUCAUAUUAAUACUUGGAUCAUUUCAAAGAAAACUUGGCAUCGACUACCCAAAGUAAAAGAAGGCGACGACAUGCAGAUUGUUGAUGUCAAAAACGAUCUGUAUGUAUUAAGCGGAUCUGAACUACUUCAUCGGGGAGGGAAUAAUACAUUCUGGUCGAUGAAGGCUUACAUGAGAGGCAAAUCAGGAUAUGUUAAACUCGUCGCUUUUCAAGACAACAUUUAUCUUGUACACAAAAACUUCACGCUGUGCUAUGACCCCCUUGGUAAUAGGUUCAAAAAUGAUUUACCAGGUUGUGAAUUAGGUUAUGGGUUCUGUUCGGUAGCAACAAGCGCUUGCAUUUAUGCCAUGGGUGGACUCAAUACAAAUCAAAGAGCAGAAAGAUAUAAUCCAGAUACAAACACUUGGUCAAGACUUUCUUCAAUGCGCUAUUCAAGGUGCCUCGCAACAGCUGUUGAAUUCAAUGGAAAAAUUUUUGUAAUCGGAGGCGAGGAUGGACAACGUAUAUCGAACUCCGUUGAAAGUUAUAACUUCGAAACCAAUACAUGGACGAGAGUAGCAAGGAUGUGCGUUCCUCGGUGGGAUCUCUUCGCCUUUGUGGAUGAUAAAAGCAUAUUUGCAGUAGGGGGAAAAAAUGCUAAUGGCUCGGUCAACUCUGCUGAAGUCUAUGAACCGAUAUCAAACCAUUGGUCAACAUUACAAAUAGAUGGGCUUCCAACAGAAAGUUUUACAGGCUGUGCUUGCUAUAUGUAACAUAUUAACAAUUCCAAAACAUUACUCUAUGCUCAUAACUCAGUUCGUUACUGGCCCUCAAGUGACUUCCCGGAUUGUGUGUUCCUCGGCUCCAGCUCUGAAAAUAUGAUUUUACAUAUGAAGUCACCGAAAAUUUACCAUCUCACAUUGAUUAGUUAACAUAUAUCAUGAUAUGGUAAUUCUGAAAACUGCAUAUUCAUACAUCACCAAAUUUUAUGUGUAUUUAUCGAGCUAUCCGCUUAUUUAAUAUUUAGAAGCUACUGUAUUCAUUACGGGUUUUGUGUUUAUUUCCUGAUGUUUGUCCUACCGUGUU